AUGGCACCCAUCGCCACCGCGCCAGAUCAGUGCCCGGUAUGCAAGGGCGACCAGACUACGAAUCCGCACAUGCAGUUCAAGAUCAACGUCGCGUGCUAUCAUCGGAUCUGCGAAAGCUGCAUCGACCGUCACUACAAGGACUCUGGAUCGAAGAACUGCCCGGUCUAUGGCUGCGACAAGAUCUUGUGGAAACGGGACUGGCGGAAGCAGACAUUCGAGGAUCUCAGAGUUGAGCGGGAGGUUGAGAUCCGAAAGCGAGUAGAGGCAAUACUGCAACGUGACGAAGACGAAUUUGAGGAUCUCAGAGCCUACAACGACUACCUGGAGCUUCGCGAGAUUAUGGUGAUGAAUCUCAUCCUUAACACAGACGUCAAUGCCACAAACAAAAAGCUUGAGAAGUAUCAGAGAGCGAACAAUCACUUCGUCGACAAAAGUCUGAAGGAUGCUACAGGCCAGAAGCCCAAGAAACGAGCGGUUGACGACAGCGUCGCAGACCCUAGUGGUCUGAUUCAAGGCUUGAGGAAGAUCGUCGCCCCUGUUCGAAUCCCUGAUUACGACGCUUUCGAGGGAAUGCACGCUGCGUACGAUUACUUUACACUCAAGGAUGAGUAUCACGAGCACUGGACCAAGGGAGGUAUCUCAUCAAGUGCACUUGCUGGCGGUUUCGAUUUCCAGGCGACAGCCGAAGAAGCCCUACUCACGGCGUUCGCUGGCCUGGGCGUCUUCAUCGAGGACGAGAAAGCUCAGGCUGUAGGUGCGACGGCAUCGUCCUUUACGCAACCUGCCAAAACGGCUGUUGAUGAUGUCUUUUAA